CCUAGUUUAAGUUAUAAUAUGCAAAACUCUCCUCGGAUACGUGUAAACACACUGAUUUAUAGCGUUCUGAUAAUGUAUACUCUUUCUACUCGGAGGUUGAAAACGAUUGACAACAAGUUUGUUUCAAAAUGGCGUAGAGAACCUGUCGAUGAACUGUCAAUAGCAGGAAUCAAAUCACCAGUCAUGUCUGCUAAAAAAGAAAGCACGGAGGUCAAUGCCGCAGUAGAACGGCUUUUGGAAUUGGCUGACCGCAUGAGGAGUGAGGAUUUUGGAUUCAUCGAGAAAGAUGUACAAAACAUAGAUGGAACCAUAGAAGCAAUUCAGGCAUUAGAAGGGGAAAGAUUUCGAGUCCAUGAAAAACUUGAAACAGAAACAAUUCAUGCCAGUAUUCUACGUCACAAACUUCAGUUCUUGCCAGGAGAAAUUAAAAAGGAAAUCAAAGCUGCUGUUGAGUCUGCCAGACAGUCCAAUGCUGAUGUCCUGCAAAAAUUACAGGAACAACUGGAUGGAAUCAGCCACAAUACAGUGUAUCUUGAAAAAAGACAGCAAGAGCUGGAUAAACAAAAUGCCGUUUUACAUCCACAGAGAGAGCUUGUCAAAGAACAACAUGAGCAAAUUAUUUCACAGCUCAACCAACGCAUGGCUGAAAAGGCCAGCUUGCAGAUUACCCUGAAUGAAACAAGGGAUAAAGUAAGACAGACAAAUCAGGAUAUUGUUGACCUUGAAGAUGGAAUCUUACAACUAAAAGAGGACCUGAUUGUUGAGCGGAAAGAAGCACGGACAGAAAAAAAGAAACUGAAGAGGGCUGUGACUGACACGACAGAAAAAACAAAAGACCAAAGAGUACUGAAUAUUGUAAAGAAGAAGGAACUUGAUGUUGUCCAUGAACAGUUACUGGAGAGUGAGGGGAAACUUGAAUCAAUAAGAAGGGAUCUUAGAAAAUAUGAGACAUCAAAAGCUAAAUUGGAAGGUCAGGAGAGGGCAUUGAAUGCUCAACACCAGAAACAACUCAAGCAAAACGGUGAACUUCGUAAUAAGGGCAAUGCAAUAAUCAAGGAAGAUAUGCAAUCUCAACAAGAUUUUGAAGAUAAUGAAAAGCAGCUACGGAAAAAAGUAGAAAAGAUGAAGUAUGAAAGUGAGAGGGAGGAAGAGAAGAGUAUGAGGCUACAAGGACUGAAGAUGGAAUUACAUUUAGAUCUGGAACAAAAGAUGAAAGUAAGACAGGUAGAUGCUGAAAAUGUCUCUGACCUAAACGAUGAGCUGCAGGCAGAGAAGCGAGCACUGGCCAUGAAGGCUGAGGAGAUGGGUAGGAUGCAAGCAGAAAACGUUGAAAUGCACGACCAGAUAGAGAACCUAGAUGAGUCCCACAGGGCAGUGAUGGCUCAACUCAACAAGCAGAUAGAGGACUAUCGGGAACAGCUGGGCAAGGAACGCAAGGAAAGCCCUCCCCCAGAACCUGUGCCAGUGGUAGAACCCCCUGCACCCUCUCCGUCCCCUCCUCCUCCCCCACCCCCUAAACCAAAGAAACCAAAAAAGAACAAAUUGUCCAGUUACUACCUACAGACUGGAAAUGAACCCAAUUAUGGACCCCCAGCUGCCCCUCCCCUAAUAAAUGUUCCCCCACGGCCCCCGUUAUCCUCCUCCUCUGACGAAGAUGACACCGAUGAGGAUGGAAUCCAGGUGCAAGACGAGAAAAACAGUGUGUCGAAGAAAGUGGAGGACUUUAAGGUGGACAACCAGAAGUAUCUAUCAGACAUGAACAAGAAGAUACAGGAGGGCAAAGUCCGCCAUGUCGAUCUCUCGAAUGAGGGAGCCAAUUUACAACGGGAACUGAAGCUGGAUGAGCAGGAGAUCUCCAACCUGUCCAGUGACCUUAGCGAAGUUCAAGGUCAUUACGAAACCAUGUACACCAGUAUGCAGGGCCGCAUAGAAUUGAUGGAGAUGCAAAUUGUGCAGUAUGAACGUGCGAUCGUGGAGAAGAAGAAGAAAAUUGAAGAAGAGACACCAAUAUUUCACGAUUUAGAGAAAUUGUUUGAGGAGAGAACUAAUGCUUAUGAUGAACUGAAAAGGGGCAUAGCUAAAAUGCGCCAGAAGAAGAGCGCUCUGGAUGAACAGAUACGGAAAACCUUAGAUGCCAAGGACAACCUAGUUGGACCAAAAGAAAAACUAAAGGAGUCCUUAAGAACCAAGCGAGCUGAAUCCAUAGAACAGCUGAAGAAACACGGCGAGGAAAGACAGAAAAUGGAGAGGGAAAUAUAUCAGGCAGGAUGUAAACUGAAGAGGAUAAUUGAGGAGAACAAGAAGAUUGAAGAUGGAUGUAACAAAUAUCGAGCUGACAUGGAUGAACUUCAGAAACAAAUGGAUGAAGAUGAACAUGUGAAGGAAAUGCUUCAAAAUACCCUGGCAGAAGCAAAAGGCUGCCUCACAGACAGCUGGAAAAGUGACAGAAAUAUGGAGGAGAGGUAUACCGAGCGUGACCAGAUCAUUGUGGACGACCUUGGAAAGCUCAUGCACAAAACAGAAAAGCGAAGUGAAAAAAUAUCUGAGAUUUCAGAUAAUUUAGAGGGGGAAUUGAUGAUGUUGGCUGGAUUCCUGGAGAAUCUUGCUACACGAAGACCAAGAGACACUCCCGUAAGCAGGACAAGGUCUGCUCGUUCAAUCCAUCUCGCAAGGCAAGAAACUGAUCUGUCCACACAGAAGCAUACACCCAUACCCCCAAUUUCAUCAUCACCAAGGAAACGGGACACACCAUCUCCAAGGAAACAGGACACACCAUCUCCAAGGAAACAGGAUGGUCGUGUCUCUCGACAGGAUGCCAAAAAGGGAGGGGCUUCUCGACAGCCGAGUGCUCGAAGUGUGGUUAUCAUGGAAGCAUAACAAAAAACUUUGUAAAUAUUUACCUAGUAUGAAUUCACUGUGAUAUAUUUUAUGGAAAAUUAAAAAAUAA